GCUGGCUGUCAAAGGGAUUGAAGUAAACGUCAAAACAAAUUGACGUGGAUGUCUCGCCCGCGAUGAUGGUAUCAUAAUCCUCAUAAUCGAAGGAAAAUACCGAAAAUGGAUGACUGAUAACGUGAAAGGGUCGCCCCGCACGCAUUGUAUACAACAACGACCGCCCGCCGCAUAAGUUUACGUACACGACGCCAAAGACGCCGCAUCGCCAAUCCAUCAACUGGCAUAAUUCGGCUUGCAUUUGUACAAAUAUUAGAAUAUAAUCAUGGAUGAGGAUUUAUUAUCACCAGGGAGUAGCAAAAAAAGUGUAGUGUCACAGGCAUGGACUCGAAUUUCACAGAUAUAUCAAAGUCAGCUGGAUAGUUGGACGCCGUAUCCAAAAGGUCGUUGGGGUGGCGCUCUAGCGCUGCUCGUGCUUUUCUCCUUCCGCAUCAUCAGCAAGCAGGGAUGGUACAUAGUCACCUACGCCCUCGGCAUUUACCAUUUAAAUCUAUUUAUUGCAUUUUUAACGCCAAAAAUCGAUCCAGCGAUGGACUUUGAUGCUGAAGAAAAUGGUCCAGAGCUGCCUACGAGAGCAAACGAAGAGUUCCGGCCGUUCAUCCGCCGCCUGCCCGAAUUCAAGUUCUGGUAUUCCGUCACGAAAAGCACGCUGUUUGCGCUGUUCUGCACGCUGUUCGACUGCUUCAAUGUGCCGGUGUUUUGGCCAAUUCUCGUCAUGUACUUCUUCACACUGCUGUGCAUCACGAUGAAGCGCCAGAUCCGACACAUGAUCAAGUAUCGUUAUCUGCCGUUCACGCACGGCAAACCCAAGUACCAGGGGCACGAAGACACGGGGAAGGUGGUCGGCGGCGCCAAUUGACCCCGCGGAUGUUUAUAAAAUAUAAGUUUUCAAUCUAGCAUAACAGACGGGCGUAAACGUACACGCGUGCACGUGUACAAUGAACGAUUCACGCUAGCGAUUACUUUCACUUAAAACAUUGAUGAAUAAAUUUCAACAUUAGAUACGUGUUUCUACAGAUGCAUACGCAGUCGGAUUGCGGGCAUAGUCAUGGAGCAAAUGGGGAACUUUAACUUGUAACUAGCAAACAUAAAAUGUAUUAUUUCGACAUAAGUUGUUUAUACCGCGAGUUGUUUUCUUGGUGUUUUUCGUUAUUCCUACCUUUGUUGGAAGAGUGUGUAUUAGUAUCAUUUGUAUUUGUACACUUAAUUUUCAAUUUACGUGUAAAUAAACUUCAAACACUUACACAAUUUAUAUAAAGUGAUUUGUAUUAUGGAUAAUAUUAUUAAAUUUUUAAAAUAUGCAGAAAAAAUGACAGUAACGCGAAAUAUCCACUGUGCAAUGCAUAAAAAACCAAA